AUGGAAUGCGCAGAAGAGCAAAAUCUGGUGUACACCGAUUGCGGGUCAUCUUGCCCUCCGACCUGCGAAGAUUGGAAUCAAAUAAGAAAGUUCUGCAAAUCGAAGUGCGUCUCCGGCUGCGAAUGUAAGCCAGGAUUCUUUUUAACCGACGAUGUUGAAGCUCAAGAUGGCAUGUCCAAAAUUAUAUGUCCCAAAAAAAAUCAGGUUUACAACAAAUGCGGGACAGGUUGUCCUCUAACCUGCCGCGAUUGGAAUAAAUUGGCAAGGAACUGCCAUGCGAUGUGCUUUGUUGGCUGCCAAUGUGCCCCAGGAUUCUUUUUGGACGACAAGAAUGAAUGCAUUAACCCAAAUCUUUGCCCUUAUAUGGAAAAGAAAAAUGAAGAAUUGGAUUAUUAUUAUUAA